AUGGCUAAACAAAUGUCUUAUUGUCUGGCCCAGGCAAUACAGUAUCUCGCCCAGGAGGCUCAAUAUCCCAAAUCACAUCUUAGGUGUCAUCACCAUGCUCAUCCUGACUGGGUUCUCCAACUAGACACAUGGGGACAACUAGAAGUGAUGCGUCAACUACUCUGUCAGCGACCUCCGACCACCCCGAUACCUACAGAUGUCUUGGAACAUAUCGACUCUGUGAUCAAGUAUCAUAAUAGCCAUAACGUCACAACUCCUUCUGCAUCUAUAUCUCCGCGCCUCGUGUUUGAACAUCCAGUUUCAGGGGAAGACAAUCCAAAGACGAUCAGGCUUUCACUAUGGAAAGGCGACAUUACCACCCUGACAGAUGUGACAGCCAUUGUCAAUGCAGCAAAUUCCGGCUUACUUGGAUGCUUCCGUCCAGAACACCGCUGUAUCGACAAUGUCAUCCAUUCGGCAGCGGGACCUCGCCUGCGCGAUGCAUGUCAUGCCCUGAUGUUAGAACAAGGUCAUCCAGAGCCAGUGGGAGCUGCCAAGGUGACACCAGGGUUCAACCUCUCCGCACAAUAUGUCUUGCAUACCGUCGGUCCCCAGCUGGGCCACGGGCAAAUGCCGGCAUUGGUGCAUAGGGAGCAAUUAUCAAAGUGCUACAUAUCGUGUCUUGAGACCGCCAAUUCUCUCCCCGCUCUCCCAGACGGAAGAAAAGUGCUAGUAUUCUGUUGCAUCUCAACAGGAUUGUUCGCAUAUCCGCCAGCCGAGGCUGCAAGAAUUGCCGUUCAAACUGUCGCCCAAUGGAUAUACGAUCAUCCUUUAACUACAUUGACAGAUAUCAUAUUCGACACCUUUCUACAAAGGGACUACGAGCUCUAUGACAACGAACUCAUGAUUCUACAAGAAGGUGGCGGGAGAAAUGCUCGGCAACCAACACCAAACCUCCAACGCCCUGUCCCCAUCGCCUCGCCAACUAUACUGAAAGCUCGAAGCUGGCUCGAAGAAGCCGACUUCCUUAUCAUCACCGCUGGCGCAGGACUUUCCGCUGCUAUUGGCCUCGAUUACACAUCCCAGGAAUUAUUCCAGAAGCAUUUCCCAGCAUUUAGGAACCUCGGACUCAGCCGCCUAUACGAUGUUUUUGGAUUCACGGGAUGGGAAAGCCCAAGACAGAAAUGGGGAUACUACUUUCUUCACUUGGACAUGGUGCGGAAAUGGCCAACAUCGAAACUGUACAAAACUCUACGUACACUCGCCAACCGGUUCCACGCCUCCAAAUACUUUGUGCGCACCUCAAACGUGGAUGGCCAGUUCGUCAAUAAUGGAUUCCCAUCCGAACGUAUCUCCACGCCACAGGGUCAAUAUCGGUUCCUGCAGUGCUACGCCAAAUGUCGACCGGAUGCGGUGUUUCCGUCCGGUCCAUUCGUGGACGCAGCGCUCCCGUUCAUUGAUGAGAAGACACAGGUCCUCCAAGACGAAUCCAAGGUCCCACGAUGCAAGUAUUGCGGCGGCGAAUUGACCUUGUGCGUCCGCGGAGGAGACUACUUCAACCCUUCGCCCUUCAGAGCGCAGGAAAGAGAAUGGAUGCGCUUUGUCGAUGAAGUAUCGCAGCAAGUCGAAUCGCCAUCUCGGCCAACAGCUGUCAUUCUUGAGCUGGGGGUGGGAUUGAACACACCGGGGAUUCUGAGAUGGCCGAAUGAAGAGUUGGUGGAGCAGUCGCGUGCUGGUGGAUAUCGGCUGAUUAGGGCUGGAUUGGGAGCUGCUGGUUGCGUACCGUGGGAGCUCGAAGAAGAGGAUUUUGCCGUUGGGAUAAUGGGGGACUUGAGUAUCAUAUUGGAUGGGCUGAUUAACUGA